CCCCCUCCUCCCCUCCCCCUUCGUCAACCCGCCGGCUCCAUCCAGGCCGCCAGCGACCCUCGCCAGUCAUGUCUUCGGGAGACGUGGACAAGAAGCGCAAGCGCGGCAACAACAAGGCCUCCUGGCGCAAUGCCGACUCGUCGGCCUUCGACGACAUGAUCGCCAAGAAGCGCAAGGAGGACCACGCCGGUGGCAAUGUCACCGAGAUGGACGACGAUGCGCUAUUCAGCAUCGACACGGCCGGCGUGUCGACGGCGCCGAGCUCCAACCGUGCCCGCGCGCGCGCCGGGCGCCCGAUCAAGAUCGACCAGAUCCUGGCCCCCAACCCCAACAUCAAGACCCACGUGCCGCAGGGCCCGAUUUCCAAGACGGCCAUCGCCGACAUGGUCAUCGUCGAGCGCAUGGUCAAGGCGGUCAAGACUGCGGCGCCUCCUCCGGCCCCGGCACCCCGGAAUCUGGACCUUUGGGGCGCCGAGACCGUCGACAAGACCAAGGUUCUGGGGCCGCACUCGGGUGGCAUCCGGCCGCCGCGUCGUGCCCACGAGCCGGCUCUCCACCUGCCGUCCAGCGGCCAGUCGUACAACCCCUCCAAGGAGGCGCAUCAGGCCUUCAUCCUCGAGGCUGCCGAGGCUGCCAAGAAGGAGCUCUUCAAGAACGCCGGCGGCAACACUCCCCUGUCCAGCGCGGAGGCCGACGCCAUUCGCAAGGCGUCCAUCUAUGAUGACUCGGUCAUGAAGGGCAUCAUGCGCUCUCUAGGUCACCUGUCGGACUCCGACGGCGAGGAGGAGGAGGAAGAGGAGGAGGCCAAGGCGACCGAGGCGCAGACUUCCGGCGCCCAGAGCUCCGACGAGGACCAGGACCAGGAUGACAGCGACCUCGAUGAGGAUGCGCUGAAGGCGGCCGCCUCCAAGCAGCAGGCCACCGCCCUGGACCUGCGCCGCACCCGGCGCGACAAGAACCGUCUUAAGGCCCAUCGCGACAUGCUCCGCCGCCAUGCCAUGAAGAAGCUGGAUAAGCGCCUCAACAAUGUCAAGGACUUCGAGCGCGUCAAGCAGCACACCUUCCAGAAGAUCAAGCAGUCCCUGGAGCUGAUCCCCCUUCGGGAUCAGUACAAGCUGGAGAAGGACCGCAACACGGUCAAGCGCCUGAGUCUUGCCAACUACCGGGCCCCGGUGCCGGAUGUCAAGCUGUCCGACGAGCUGCCCUCCUCCCUGCGUGUGCUGGCCCCGGAGGGCCAUCUCCUGGCCGACCGCAUGGACUCGCUGUUCCGUCGUGAGAUGCUCGAGCCCCGGGUGCAGAAGACCGCCCGUGCCAUCCGCCGCAUCCAGGAGUACGGCGGUACCGGCCGCCUGCCGGCGUACCGCACCCGCGAGAAGAAGAGCUUCAAGGCCUUCACCCCGAGCUCCGGCAUGGAUCCGGCUCUGGAGCCGAAGAAGAAGGGCAAGAAGUAAGACCCCUUUCGUGGGGGAGGGGGGCUCCUGCCGCCUCCCCCCCCCCCUUCGUCCUCUCCUCGGCCCCACCAUCACUCCUUUCUCUUUUCCCUCUGGCCGCCGCGCGUGCCUCCUCCUUUCUCUCUGUAGUAUAGACCCCCUCCCUUGCUUUC